GCGAGCGGCGGAGGCGGCGGCGGGGCAGAGCCCCUAAACCACCAUGGCCGAGUCACAAGAGCUGCUGCUGCAGCUGCAGAAGGACAACCGCGACGGGCGACUACGGAAGCAGGAGCUGGAGGAGCUAGUGCGGGGGCUUGAGGCCGAGAGCGAGAGCCUCACCGGGCGCCUGCAGGACCUGCGGGAGCGUGAGCGCAGCCUACAGCGGAAGCGAAGCCAGGCGGCGCGGGCCCAGAGAGGGGAGGCGCGCGAGGCAGCGCGGGGGCGCGCGGAGCGCGCGCGCGCGCUGCUGGAAGCGGCGGAGCAGCACAAGCAAGACUUGGAGCAACACAACCGGCAGCUGCAGGAGCAGUGGGAGGAGCUGUCAAGUCAGCUCUUCUACUACGGAGGGGAACAACUGAGUCAACAGCGCGCAGAACAGCAACUCGGGACCCAACUGAUGGCGUUGCAGAAACAACUGGAGAUGGUGGAGGCCAAGCACGCCAAGCAGGCCGAGGGCCUGCGGCAGGGCGUGCAGCGGACGGAGGAGGCUUGGGCCAGCUUUCAGGAGCAGAGCGGAGUCCUGCAGGAGCUGCAGGGAAAGGUGAUGGAGGCGGCGGCUGCGCUGGACGCCUCGAGGGGCGGCCCGGAACUGUGCGACUCCCAGCUUCGACGGAUGCAGGACUGCGCGGGCUCGCUCAUGGAAGAGGUGGCUAAGGCCGACUGUGAGAGGCGGCUUUUCGGCGGCACCGGCGGGGCGGGCCUCAGGGUCGGUUCUUCCCGGUGCCGGUCCAGGCAUUCCUCUCCUGUGGUCCGCCCCGCUUUCGGGGAGUCCCAGCCCUGCUGGCAGUGCACACUCACCACUGCAGUCUUUGUGAGGACUCGUCUUUUUACUCAUGUGAAAUGCUGUGCUUAGUGGAAAUGAUGAACCUUGAGUUCCAUUUUGCCUGUUACAAAUACUGCCCUACUUUUACCCGUUACAUUUUUUGGUAGUAAAAUUGUUCCGUGUAUCUCCUUGUUGCCGGCGCGGCACACAGGUUUUUGCUGUGGCCUCCAAAUAAUCGUUUUCUAAUUGAUUUGUUGGUGUUUUUUUUAGUCUUUUGGGAGUUAAAUUUGUUUAUGUAAUCCUGUGUAUAAAAUUCUAUCAAAUUUAA